CUAUAAACGUCUUGGUUUGGGCAAAAAUUUACUUAUCAGGAAAGCGACCGUUACGGGCACAAGAACAUAGGUUUCUGAGGUCUCGAGUCAGUUAUCUUCCAAUUUUCAAUACCAUCAUUAUUUUUAAUUAAAUCAACAUUUUACUUUCAACGAUGAGCCCGCGGCCAAAUGAAGUGAUUUCUCUUCCUAAAGUAGUUGCGGCUAAAGUUCAGCAUAUUAAAGAAGAAACAUUACAACUAUCUGUAGAAAAUGAAGAGGUCGCGCCACGCGACUAUGAUAUUGUUUGGAAAAACGUGAUAAUGGUAACAAUGUUUCACAUUGGUGCAGUGUAUGCUCUGGUGUUUGUGGUCUGGCAAUGUCAGCUAAUGACGUUGAUGUGGGGCACAUUUCUAUGGUUUUGGACUGAGGUCGGAGUAACAGCAGGUUCGCAUAGACUAUGGGCGCAUCGCAGUUAUAAGGCCAAGUGGCCCUUGCGAUUAAUGUUGGCAGUACUUACACUUAUUGCUCACCAGAAUAGUGCAUAUGAGUGGUCACGUGAUCAUCGUGUCCAUCAUAAAUUCUCAGAGACUGACGCCGAUCCCCACAAUGCAAAGCGUGGAUUUUUCUUCUCGCACGUUGGUUGGCUAAUGGUAAAGAAACACCCAGAUGUGAUCAAAAACGGUCAGAAAAUAGAUCUUGGAGACCUAAUGAUUGAUCCUAUCGUCAGAUACCAACACAAGUAA